UGAAGGGACAGACGCGCUGGGUUUAUUCAGCUACAGCUGGUGUGUGCGAACGGUGUUGUCUGUGUGUGUUGCAACAGUGAUCCCACGGGUAGAACCGUCGGCAUGAGAAAAUACCACUGCAAUAUCUUUAUGAAGCCAUGCUCAGGCCCUGGUGUCUACAAGCUGGAGGAUGGUCCUGAGAGUGUGCUGACUUGGAGAGUGUUGAGAUGGGCUCUCAUCCCACUGUCUAUACUGUUGGCACUGUCACUGUUGGUGUAUUUCUCAGCCGAUUCACCCGAGGAGGAUCACAAUAAGCUGUGGGAUGUGGGGCAGGAGGGGGUGUCAGGAAUGGAGGGAAGUCAUCCACACCAGCUGGUGACAAUGGAGGGAGAAGAGAUUGCUCUGGACCAUACUAGAGUCACUUACCGGACUGAGACAGGACAAAAUGCAACCGUCCAGAUCGAAGGUCAGGAAAUAUUCGAAGUGAUUCCUGAAACCGACAUCGAGAUUGGUGAAACAGAGCAUUUUGAAGAGGAAGAUGAUUUCGACACUUCAGAAUCAAAACCGGCCACUCUGAGCAAUCGGAGGUUGAUAACCAACAAACCUUACGUACAGAUCUCCACCACCCUUCGUACCAGUGGGAUUCACGCUGGGGAUAAGAACUUUGUGGACAAAUUACUCUCAAGUUUUGACAAAUCCCAGCGGAUGGUGACGUCACAGUCUGUCGGACCUCCGAGGACCACCGGACGCUUCAUCAGCACACCUGGAGGACUGCUCAGCAAGAAGAUACCCAACGGCCACAAAUAUGGUGAAUAUCAGGUUUCCCCCACUAAGGAAGUAAACACGGUUCCACCCAGGGUUUCUCCGACUCUACCCUCGUCCAACCCUACAGUUCACAUGGUCAGCAUCACACCUUCUCAGAGUGACGUCAACGAGACCGAGAGUGUCUGUUCAUCCCCACGACUGUCUCUGUGCCGUGGUGUGCUCCCAUGGGACCUAACAGCUGCACCAGUCAUCCCCGGAGUGUCGUCUGCUCUGGACCUAGACACCGUCUUGCCUUACUUUGAGAUGAUCUCCAGCACCAGCUGUAGUGCCAGGAUACGACAGUUUCUAUGCUCACUUCUAGAGCCGGAGUGUCGCAGUGUGGGUCAUAGCAUUCUUCCUCCGUGCAGGAAGGCUUGUAGAGCUGUUGAAGAGGAAUGCAGAGAUUUCAUCCUGGACUCAUUAGAUUUAUCACAGGUUUUCAACUGUGACAUUUAUCCCGACUCCAAUAACCAGGAAGAGUGUAUAAACCUUGCGAGAGGAGACGAGUGCCUCAAGAAUGAGUUCCGCUGUUCCGACGGCACCUGUAUCCCGUGGCGCUGGGCCUGCGAUGGAAACAGAGACUGUCCUUUGGGGGAUGAUGAAACUAACUGCACAAAAUGCUCUCAAGACGAGUUCAGAUGUUCUGCUGAUCACAAAUGUAUACCACUUGACUGGAAGUGUGACAGAAGAAGAGAUUGUUCCGACGGAUCAGACGAGUUCAACUGUCAAAUGACAGAAGUGCUGAUCCCGAGCUCGCACACGUCGCCUUGCCCAAGUGGAGAACUACGCUGCGUUGACGGACGAUGUAUCACACUAAGCCAGAUUUGCGACAACGUCAACGAUUGUUCAGACGGAGCAGACGAGACUAACUGUGGUGCGCCGACGACAUAACCUAACGCUACAGGGUUUAGGCAGUGCCAGUGGAACGGCCCAUCAGCCGUCAAUGGAUUUGGGAGCGAUCUUGUAAAUUUGCUUUGUAAAUACGCUUGAUGACUGUGAAAUUUGAUAAGGCCAGUCUGUUGGUAUAUGCAUAAGGAAGAAAUGGAUAAAAUCUAGUGUUGUUGAAAAACGAAUAAUGGAACUUAAUAAAAUAUAAAUUAAAAAGAGUAGUAUUGCAGAAAACACAAAAUAUUGAAGGUACUGACUAUAAAAAAUGUGAAAAAUCUAAUUUUCUUAGAAGUUUUAUGAAAAGGAACUUUUGAAUUCCACUCUUAAUAAAAUAAACCUUGAGGCUGUGAUAUCAGUCGUGAAUUGAAAACUGAGUCUUAUCAUUUUCUAGAAUGGUUUUAAAAUUUUUUAGGUCCUCUCAAAGCCAAGUUGUGAUAUAUCGUAAUAUUUGUACAGUUUUUUUACUACUAAUGUUAUUUUCAUUUUUUUGUACAUUGAUAGGUUUUAUACUUGUAAAAUAAAUGUGAUAACAAUA